CGCCAGGCACCAGGACCAGAGGGACCCGAGAAGCGGCCGGAGCCGGGCUGGACCGUCGCCCGCCCGCCUGCCUGCGCGCCCGCAGCCUCCGCGCCCUCCGCCUCCCGGGCUGGCCGGCGGCUGGCGAGCGGCGUCUGCGGAAGUGUUUAAAAUGAAGAAGUUUAAUUUCCGAAAAGUUUUGGAUGGCUUAACUGCCUCUUCUCCGGGCAGUGGUAGCGGCAGUGCCAGUAACAGUGGUGGGGCUGGCAGUGGCUCCGUCCAUCCAGGAGGGACUGCAGGGGUUCUCCGAGAGGAGAUCCAGGAGAGCCUGACUUCCGAAUAUUUCCAGAUUUGCAAGACAGUUCGGCAUGGUUUUCCUUAUCAGCCCACAGCACUGGCCUUUGAUCCAGUCCAGAAAAUCUUGGCUAUUGGAACAAGAACAGGUGCUAUACGAAUACUUGGGAGGCCUGGUGUUGACUGUUACUGCCAGCAUGAAAGUGGUGCAGCGGUCCUGCAGCUCCAGUUCCUCAUCAAUGAGGGCGCUUUGGUUAGUGCGAGUUCAGAUGAUACACUUCAUUUGUGGAAUCUGAGACAGAAAAGGCCAGCCAUUCUUCAUUCCCUUAAGUUUAACAGAGAACGAAUUACUUACUGUCAUCUACCUUUCCAGAGUAAAUGGCUCUAUGUUGGAACAGAAAGAGGAAAUACACAUAUUGUAAACAUUGAGUCUUUCAUUCUUUCUGGAUAUGUCAUCAUGUGGAACAAGGCAAUUGAACUAUCUACCAAGACUCACCCGGGCCCAGUUGUUCACUUAAGUGAUAGCCCAAGAGAUGAAGGAAAACUGCUGAUAGGUUAUGAAAAUGGUACUGUAGUAUUCUGGGACUUGAAAUCUAAAAGAGCAGAACUCAGGGUUUAUUAUGAUGAGGCUAUUCAUUCAAUUGAUUGGCAUCAUGAGGGCAAACAAUUCAUGUGCAGCCAUUCGGAUGGUAGCUUGACUUUAUGGAACCUGAAAAGCCCAAGUCGCCCUUUCCAAACCACAGUUCCACAUGGAAAAAGUCAAAGAGAAGGAAGAAAGUCUGAGUCUUGUAAACCGAUUCUUAAAGUAGAGUACAAAACUUGCAGGAACAGUGAACCAUUUAUAAUAUUCUCUGGUGGGCUGUCAUAUGACAAAGCUUGCAGAAGACCAAGUUUAACCAUCAUGCAUGGAAAAGCAAUCACAGUACUUGAAAUGGAUCAUCCUAUUGUUGAAUUUCUAACUUUAUGUGAAACACCUUAUCCAAAUGAAUGUCAAGAACCCUAUGCUGUUGCUGUACUUCUAGAGAAAGAUCUCAUCUUAGUUGAUCUGACACAAACCAAUUUUCCAAUCUUUGAAAAUCCAUAUCCAAUGGACAUUCAUGAGUCACCAGUAACAUGCACAGCAUAUUUUGCCGAUUGCCCUCCAGAUUUGAUUCUAGUACUCUAUUCUAUAGGAGUCAAGCAUAAAAAACAAGGAUACAGUAAUAAGGAAUGGCCAGUCAGUGGAGGAGCUUGGAAUCUUGGAGCACAAACUUUUCCAGAAAUUAUUAUUACUGGUCAUGCUGAUGGAUCAAUAAAAUUUUGGGAUGCUUCUGCAAUGACUCUGCAGAUGUUGUAUAAGUUAAAAACGUCUAAAGUAUUUGAAAAGCAGAAGGUAGGAGACGGCAAACAAACAUGUGAAAUUGUGGAGGAAGACCCAUUCGCUGUUCAGAUGAUUUACUGGUGUCCAGAGAGCAGGAUAUUUUGUGUAUCAGGAGUCUCUGCAUAUGUCAUAAUUUAUAAAUUCAGCAGACAUGAAAUUACAACAGAAAUAGUGUCAUUAGAGGUACGACUUCAGUGUGAUGUUGAAGAUAUUAUUACCCCCGAGCCAGAAACCAGUCCGCCAUUUCCAGAUCUCUCCUCUCAACUCCCCUCUUCAAGGAGUCUCUCCGGAAGCACUAAUACUGUGUCUAGUGAAGGAGUGAUGAAGGAUAGCAUCCCGUGCCUCAGUGUUAAAACACGGCCAGUGCGAAUGCCGCCAGGCUAUCAAGCAGAUCUCGUUAUUCAGUUGGUGUGGGUAGAUGGCGAGCCUCCUCAGCAGAUUACCAGCCUUUCUAUAAGCUCAGCGUAUGGAAUAGUUGCAUUUGGAAACUGCACUGGGUUGGUUGUGGUGGAUUUCAUACAGAAGACAGUACUGUUAAGUAUGGGAACCAUUGACCUCUACAGAUCAAGUGACCUGUACCAGCGACAGCCCCGGUCUCCUCGAAAAAACAAGCAGUUCAUUGCAGACAACUUUUGCAUGCGUGGGCUGUCUAACUUUUAUCCUGAUUUAACGAAACGGAUCCGUACUUCCUAUCAGAGCUUAACAGAGCUGAACGAUAGUCCAGUUCCUCUGGAACUAGAGCGAUGCAAGUCUCCCACCUCAGGACUUGCUACCAGAACUCCUGAGGCAGCACCAGGCUUUUAUAGGAAUGAAAUGCCAGCUGUGAGACAGAGGAAUCAAGUACACCACUUGCCAGGUGAAGUCAAAGGAUCAAGAAAGUUAAGUCUGCCAACAGAUCUUAAGGCUGAUCUUGACCAUGUAAAUGGACACUGCACAAGUCCAACCUCUCAGAGUUGCAGUUCUGGAAAACGUCUUUCCAGUGCUGACGUUUCAAAAGUAAAUCGCUGGGGUCCUGGAAGACCACCAUUUAGAAAGGCACAGUCAGCUGCUUGCAUGGAGAUUUCUUUACCAGUUACAACUGAAGAAGCCAGAGAGAAUUCCUAUAACCGCUCCAGGAGCUCUAGCAUCUCCAGUAUUGACAAAGACUCCAAAGAAGCCGUUACAGCUUUAUACUUCAUGGAAUCCUUCGCACGGAAGAAUGACUCUACUGUUUCCCCUUGUCUGUUUGUUGGAACGAGUCUGGGAAUGGUAUUACUCAUCUCCCUGAACCUACCAUCAUCAGACGAACAGAGGUUUACAGAGCCGGUGAUGGUGUUGCCAAGCGGUACAUUCCUCUCAUUGAAAGGAGCUGUGCUAACAUUUUCCUGCAUGGACAGAACUGGCAGUUUAAUGCAGCCUCCCUAUGAAGUAUGGAGGGAUCCAAACAACACGGAUGAAAAUGAAAAGACGUGGAAAAGGAAACUGGUUAUGAACUACUCCACUUCACCCCAAGAAGCAGGCGACCAUCAGUAUACAAUAAUCUGCUCAGAAAAACAAGCCAAAGUCUUCUCACUGCCAUCCCAGACCUGCCUUUAUGUUCACAACAUCACAGAGACCUCUUUCAUAUUGCAAGCAGAGGUGGUGGGCAUGUGUAACAGUGCCUGCUUGGCCUGCUUUUGUGCAAAUGGGCAUAUCAUGAUAAUGAGCUUACCUAGUCUUCGCCCAAUGUUGGACGUAAAUUAUUUGCCACUGACAGACAUGAGGAUAGCACGGACAUUUUGUUUUACUAAUGAAGGCCAGGCAUUAUACCUCGUCUCUCCUACUGAAAUUCAACGGUUAACAUAUAGCCAAGAAAUGUGUGAUAAUAUUCAGGACAUGUUAGGUGAUUUGUUUACUCCCAUAGAGACACCAGAAGCUCAAAAUAGAGGCUUUCUCAAGGGACUGUUUGGUGGAAGUGGACAGACAUUUGACAGAGAGGAACUCUUUGGGGAAGCUACAGCAGGCAAAGCAUCCCGCAGCCUCGCUCAGCACAUCCCUGGACCAGGGAGUAUAGAAGGGGUGAAGGGCGCUGCUGGAGGGGUGAUGGGAGAGCUGACCCGAGCCCGAAUCGCACUUGAUGAGAGAGGACAGAGGCUGGGUGAGCUGGAAGAGAAGACGGCAGGCAUGAUGACCAGUGCAGAAGCCUUUUCCAAGCAUGCACACGAGUUGAUGCUGAAAUACAAGGAUAAGAAAUGGUACCAGUUCUAACCAUCUAAAGGAGCUGUGACUGCUUUGAGAACCGUUAUUCAGGGAAACCAAAUUUAUUCCCAGCAUCACUAUUCAACUGCUAGAAACCAGUUUCUUCUCCAAAAUGUUCCAUUAUAGUCCAUCUGAAGUUAUCAUAAGGAGGCGUAUCAAAGGCAAAGCCGCUGUACACACGAAAGCUGGAACCCCGAUUAAAAUCCCAAGACAA